AUGGAGGUUCAAGACUGGAUCGAAUCAUCCAUACGAGCUUUCUUCUGCUUCACCGGCAUCAUAGGAAACUUCUGGCUGGGUUUACGCUCUCUCCCCAAAUCCAGAUCUCAAGUGCGGACCGGUGACAUUCUCUUCAUCAACCUGGCCGUGUCCAAUCUCAUCACAAACUGCCUGGUGGACCUGCCAGAAUUCCUGUCACACUUUGUGAAAAGCUGGAUCACGAGUCCAGUGUAUUGCGGAUUGACUCAGUUUUGUCACGAAAUCUCUGAAACCAGCAGUAUCUUCACCACCAUGUUCAUCAGCAUGUACUGGCACCAAAAACUGGUGGGGUCCAUCAAACGUGGCGGAGCGUCGGUGCAGAUGGACAGCUUGCGACUGGUUGCCAUGUUGCUCGGCGCAAGCUGGAGCGUGGCGUUGGUGUUCAGUACUCCCCACAUCUUCAUCGCGGAGCACGACAGGAAUCAAAGUUUCGAAGUUUGCGAAGAACAUUUUCCAACCCCUGCUGAGAAGAAGACUUUCGAUGCUCUGUAUCUCACUCUGGCUAAUGUUGUUCCAAUUAUUGGGAUCACUUACGCUAGCAUUCAGAUUGCAAUAACGCUGCUCCGGAGUCAAAAGCGAAUCAACAAUCAAUCCAAAGGAAACAGAAGUGGGACAAAUGUGAAUCCUCCAUCUGUGCCUGUAGCGCAAAGAGCAGAAGGAACAUCACAAAGAUCUCUAGAAAGCUCCAGAGUUGCUUGCAGUUCUUCCAAAACUGUGAAGACUGCGACAAAUCCACCAAAACCCGUACAGCAGACACAGGUCAGAUCCAACCCGUCCUCAAACAAUCAGAUAAGGGCAGCUAAAAGUGUGCUGGCCGUAGCCACCAUCUUCCUCUUCUGCUGGUUCACUCAUCUCGUGCUCCGCAUCUACAGCAGUUUCAAUCUCAGGUCCGUUCUGGCCGUGAAGCUGACAAAUUUCAUAGGAGCUUCUUAUCUGUGUUUCGUGCCAUACGUCUAUCUGCACGGAGUGAGGAAACUCAACUGCUCAUGUUUGUGA